UCGUAUCAUUUCAUUCCUGGUGUAAAGGAAACUCUUAAAAAAGAUGAAACACCGAGCAAAAGCAGUAUCCCUUGUAAGAUUGGCUCAAAGAUGACUUUAGAAGAGUAUAAUAACUUUUUUAUGUGUAAAGAGUCUUCUUGGUACAAAUAUCAACGAAAAAAUUAUUUCAAGGCUGCUAAUGAGGGAGUCUUCAUUAAUUCACCAAUAUGUGUUACUGGUGAUGGAUUCUGUUUUAAUCCUAACGUAAAUGAAGGACUCAUUGCUCCAGAUACUACAGUCACACCACACUUGAAUUAUGGGAAUCCGCAUGCCCGAAUAAUCUGUGAAGUGGCUAAUUGCCAGAAUAUUGGCCAAUUGAUCGAAAAUGACAAAAUUGCUUUAUUAUAUCAACAGGAAGUACCCGAAUAUCAAAUCUGGGAUUUCGGUACUCACCAGACAGGAAAACAAGGAUGUAUUGCUCCUAAUAUCCCAGCAUACCAAAUUAAUAUCCCAGUCAAUCAAGUUUUCUGGGAUCCUCCAACAAUUCCAGCUGCAGCUGGAUACGUGCCAGUUGUUCCCCCUGCAGUUACUCUCGCUAACUUUACUAUCGAUUUGUACAUAAUUCAACAAGUUAUUGUCAAUAAUGAUUCUGACGAUUAUACUUUGGUAGAGGGAGUGGGAGUUACUUAUAAUAUUGUACAUUUGAAGUCACAUAUGAAUUUAAAUGACGACGGAAAUUAUGAUGUAUACGCCAAAAAAUCACCUUCAUAUUGGUCCUUGCGGAAAAUUUACGGUAGUGUGUAUAGCAUCGUAGAAUG